CACUACAAUAAAUCGAAGAAUAUAAACAAACACACAAGAGAAGAAAAAAAUGAAAAGUUUUGCCAACGUAACUCUAUUUUUAUUACAAAGCUUCUUGUUUCCUCUUUACAGUUCAUCUCUUCAUCAAACUUCUCCAGAUAAUUCAUCUCCAUUUCCUUCUGAUUUCCUCUUUGGCACAUCAUCUUCUGCUUAUCAGUAUGAAGGUGCGUACUUAACCGAUGGAAAAGGUUUGAACAAUUGGGAUGUCUUUAGCCAUGAAAAACCUGGGGAUAUAUUGGACGGGGGCAAUGGAGAUAUAGCUGUUGAUCAAUAUAAUCGAUUUAUGGAGGAUAUCCAAUCAAUGAAUUAUCUUGGCGUCAACAGUUACAGAUUUUCAAUUUCUUGGUCAAGAGUCUUACCUAAAGGGAGACUUGGAGGCAUAAACCAUUUGGGCAUAGAGCAUUACAACAGGUUGAUCGACGCUCUCAUUAGAAAUGGGAUUACACCAUUUGUGACGUUGAACCAUUUCGACUAUCCUCAAGAACUUGAGAACCGAUUUAAAAGCUGGUUAAGCCCUGAGAUGCAGAAAGAGUUCGGGUACUUGGCUGAUACAUGUUUCAAACAUUUUGGAGACCGAGUUAAACACUGGAUCACGAUAAACGAACCAAAUCAACAAAUAAUCUUAAGCUAUCUAAAGGGCAUAUUUCCACCAAACCGGUGCUCCAUGCCGUUUGGAAAUUGUAGUCAGGGGAAUUCAGAAACUGAGCCUUUUAUAGCUGCGCAUAACACAAUCCUCGCACACGCAAAGGCGGUUCAAAUAUACCAAACUAAAUAUAAGAAAGAACAAAAGGGAAGCAUCGGCAUUGUGGUACAAACAUCAUGGUUUGAACCCAUAAGCGAUUCCACUGCUGAUAAAAAUGCUGCAGAGAGAGCUCAGUCGUUUUAUUCGAACUGGAUUCUAGAUCCCGUUGUAUAUGGGAAAUAUCCUAAAGAAAUGGUGAAUCUACUUGGAUCAGCUUUACCGAAAUUUUCCAGAAAGGAAAUAAAGAACCUUAAAAGAUAUAAAUCAGAUUUUUUGGGUAUUAAUCACUAUACAAGUUACUUCAUCCAGGAUUGUUUGAUUUCUGCUUGUAAUUCUGGAGAUGGAGCUUCUAGAAGUGAAGGAUUCGCACUGAAAUUAAUCCAGAAAGGCAAUAUUUCAGUCGGAGAAGUUACCGACGUAAGUUGGUUGAACAUUGAUCCUGAAGGAUUCAGGAAGAUGUUGAAUUAUCUAACAGAUAGAUACCCAAACAUACCAAUGUUCAUCACCGAAAACGGUCUCGGAGAGUUACAAAAACCAGAGACAACUGUAAAAGAACUACUAAAUGAUACAAAAAGGGUACGCUAUUUGAGUGGAUAUUUGGAUGCUUUGAAGACAGCAAUGAGGGAUGGAGCAAAUGUGAAAGGAUAUUUUGCAUGGUCACUAUUAGAUAAUUUUGAAUGGUUGUACGGAUACAAGCUUCGCUUUGGGAUAUACCACGUUGAUUACACAACUCUCAAAAGAACACCGAAGCAAUCAGCGUAUUGGUACAAGAACUUCAUUGAAAACCACAUGCGUACAAGAGAUCUCGCAGAUAAAAAAUGAAGAUGUCAAAACUAGGAAAGAUUUAGUAAAAUCUUAUGAUUAUUAAUUCUUUUGGAAUGUGUCUUGCGUUUGUUAUAUAUGUAUAACGAGUGUUCUCCCAAUCUUGCACAACAAUUUUAUUACAACGAUUAUUGUACAUGAAUAUGUGGGGUAUACAUAAAUUAUAUGGAAAAUAUAACAAUAAAAAAUCA